AUGAGUGGAUCCGAAUCGGAGAUCGCCACUGGUUUGAUGAAAAUAAGGGAGAGGCCUUCCGCGGAGGAUCUUCUUGUGGUAACUCAAUACCCGGCGGAUUCAUUUGAUGUUGAUGGUUUGUAUGUGGAUGGCAAUGACCCGGAUGCCUAUGCCUUCGAACGAGGACUUCCGUGUGUGACUGUUGAUUUUGAUGUACAUAAAUAUGACCCUGAGGAUGGGGAAGUUAAGUAUGUGGAAGGUUCUGGUUCGUGUUUGGGUGGUUGGGCUCUUUUUGUCGGCUUAUAUAGUGAUGCAGUCGCGUUGCGGGCGGCUGAUUUCCCGGAGCUCAAGCCAAAUUCGAUUUACUUCACGGAUGCACUAGAAGAUGCAGUGAUUGAAGAUGACAAUUUCCCAACUGGUGGCCAUGACAUUGGCAUUUUCGAUUAUGAGAACAAGACUGUGUCGUCGUGCUAUUAUCCGUGUGAUGCUAAAAACAUGAGGAAGACUUUCCCUGCGCCUAUGUGGUUCUGUCCAAGUCUUGAUUGA